CCGGGGGUGCCGGUGCCGGUGCCGGUGGGUGUCGCAGCCGCCGGCUGCGCGGCGGCGGUCCCCGGGCGCCCAUCACGUGCUCGGUGUGUUGCAUUGUGUUUGAGGCGGAGGGAGGGCUGGCCGUGUCAGUGAUCAAUGUCAUGACUUCCUCCUCGGGCUGGAGCAGUAUCAGAGCACAGCUGAAGGAAGCUGAUUACUGCUGCUUGCAAAUUGGCUGGGAACAAUACACGCGCGCACACAGCCCCGCACACACCCGCACACACAGCCCGCACCCUGGCUCCCGCGUCGCCGCUCCGCGCCGGGGGGGAAGAUGAGCUCGGGGGACGUCGUUUGCACCGGAUGGCUCAUUAAAUCACCCCCCGAGAAGAAACUCAAGAGAUACGCAUGGCGGAAGCGCUGGUUUGUGCUGCGCAGAGGCCGCAUGAGCGGGAACCCGGAUGUGCUGGAGUACUACAGGAACAACCACUCCAAAAAGCCCAUUAGGAUCAUCGACCUCAAUGAGUGCGAAGUGCUGAAGCACUCAGGGCCCAACUUCAUCAAGAAGGAAUUUCAGAACAACUUUGUCUUCAUUGUGAGAACCACCUACCGCACCUUCUACCUGGUAGCCAAAACCGAGGAGGAGAUGCAGAUCUGGGUGCACAACAUCAGCCAGAUCUGUAACUUUGGACAUCUAGAAGAUGGCACAGGUUCAGUGGAGAGCCUGUCUCACACGACCUCAUCCCCGCAGCCAUCACCAGCCACCUCUACCCACGCCUCCCGCAUUGCUGACCCCUCCUUCUCAGUGGACCACACUGCUGCUGAUGCAUCUGCUGCGGAGGAGACCCCCAGCGAGUCGGAGUCGGUCUUCCUCCCCGACUACCUCUUCCUCUCCAACUGCGAGUCGGGCAAGCUCAGCCACAACAGGUGUGACAGCUGGUCAAAUUCGGACAGAUCUCUGGAGCAAACCUCAUCAGAUGAUGUCUUUGUCGACUCCUUGCAGUCCCAGCCUUCCUUAUACCUUGUACAGCCGUCCAGUGCAGGCACUGUGCACCAGGAUGGGGCCCCACUGGCCAAUCCCAGCACCGUGCCAAGGAGCAUAGACGUUAACGGGCCACCCAGUGACAUUUCCUCCUCUUCUCCACUGCUGGGGACACCACUGACUCCAACCUUUCAGAUUGACAAGAGCCAAAGUGUGCUGCCCUACGGCGUGACCCAGCUGGACGUCCUCUCCAACACCCCUCCGCCGCGGCCACCCAAGCCAACCCACUUCUCAGACAGGAGAGGGGAAGAGGUUGGUGGUGUGGCCCUUCAGAAUGGCCACGCAGGGAUCUGCAGGGCUCAGGUUGCUCUGGUGCCCAGGAGGAUCUCCUUGUCCAGCUUAGACAACGUGAGGAACUGGAAAGCAGAUAUGGAAGGCAGCUCCUUAAGAAGUCGGGAUAAGAGGCUUAGCUUAAAUUUGCCCUGCCGGUUCUCCCCACUCUACUCGACUGCUUCAGACAGCACAGAAGACAGCUAUGUGCCCAUGCGCCCCAGCACCUCUCCCUCUGCGCCUGGCUCCGACUGUUCACCCGAUGGCUACAUCCCCAUGAGCCCUGGCUCAGCCACGUUUACCUUCCCUGUCGUCAGCACUGAAAAACUCACCAGCCCCUUACCUGAGCUUCCCUCGGACCUGGAGCCCCCUCCAGUGAACAGAGACCUCAAGCCUCGUAGGAAAUCACGGCCACCUCCUCUGGACUUGAGGAACCUCUCCACAAUCCGGGAGCAUGCUGCUGUGACCAGGAUGUGGACCGUGCCUUACAAUCGAAUGAGCUUUAUCUCACCAGAAAGAGACGGUAUUAAUUCAGCAAGAAUAUUUGCCAAUUCAGUUUCCGGAGAAGAGGAAGAAAGUUACAUUCAUAUGGAACACAGACAGGCAACAUCUCCAUACAGUGGUGCUUUUCCAUGGACAAGGAAAUCUAACCUUGAUUACUUAGCAUUGGAUUUUAAUUCUGCUUCCCCAUCCCCUGUACAGAAGAAACCAUUUCUCUCUGAAGAGCAGAGAGUGGACUAUGUCCAGGUAGAUGAACAGAAGACUCAAGCUUUACAGAACACUAAGCAGGAAUGGACAGAUGAGAGGCAAUCGAAAGUCUGAAGGAAGAUGAUCUGGGAUCUGGAGAGGGUGGGUUUUUUUUUGCACUGGAACCACAAUGUUAAUGAAGCAGCUAUCACAGUAGAGUUCAAAGGCAGAGAGAGUUGUGAGAUGCUACGAUCUGUAGAGGAAUGGCAUUUUUAAUGGAAACCUUUGAUUUCAGCUGGAAAUAGUAUGUUGAAAGAGUGAGUGGUUCACUGAUGAUUAAGUAAUGCAUUACCCUUUUUACUGCCCUUACCAGUAAGCUACAUGGUACCAUUUUCUGGCAUGAUUCUGCGACGAGUCAUACACUUAAUGUUAACAAAUCCACUACAUGUUGCAUUAAUCUAGUUAGUCCCGCCUUCUCCCUCUGUUGCAUAAUUCCUAGUUGCUAAAGCUAUUUUUUUGAUAUUCCUACAAAUACUGCA